AUGGAAGAGACAAGGCGGUGCACAAACCUGGUUGGAAGAAGCCAGACUGUGCGAGACAAGUGGAUAGUUGAUCCUAUCAUCCACAAGCUGACAGGGUUCUUCGUGGAUAAGACCACCUCCAACUUCUACGGCGAGACGAAACACACAUACACGAGUGAGGCCAUAUGCUCCAUGGCAAUGACCUUCGACAUCGGACCUGGUGCAAAGGCCCAGCGGUUGCACCGCGAUGAUAAGAAAUUCCAUGUGGACCACGAAGAUCAGACAGCGACGGGCUACCGGAAGGGAUCCGAUGUGAUUGAUGAUGGCGUUCAUGGUCCCUGGAGUAAAGACAACCUUUGA